AUGACCACUUACAUUCCUGCCAUCACGAUCCCAUCGGCCGUGUUCCUCAACCCGGCGGCAUCGAUUCUCCUGCCCAUAGGACUGGGCACUGCCGUCGGCUUUGGGACUCGACCGUCCAAAACGCAAAAGACAUACCUUGCUCUAAAGCAGCCUCCUCUACACCCCCCGCCAUGGGUCUUUGGCCCCGUCUGGACAGUCCUCUACGGCCUCAUGGGCUACGCCGCCUACCGCGCAACAUUCUAUGGCCUCUCGCCCUUGGCAUCCCCCCAAACCAUCCAAACGACCAGGCACAGCAUGACCGUAUACUCCAUCCAGCUCGGCCUCAACCUCAUCUGGAUGCCGCUCUUCUUCGUCGCAAAGCGCCCUAUCGAGGCAACCGUUGACAUUGUGGCCCUGCUGGGUCUCAACGGCUACUUGGCGUAUCUGUGGGGGUCCAUCGACUCUGUUGCUGGCUGGUGCCAGGCGCCGUAUCUGGCAUGGCUGGGCUUUGCGACGUAUUUGAGCGCAGGAGCGGGAUAUCUGAAUGACUGGAAUUUGCAGGAUAAGGAGAUUGAUGCUGCCGAGGUGGAAAAGAAGCAGCAAAACUAA